CCCCAGCUAUCUCCCGUUCCCCGCGUCCCCGCCCCCCUCCCCCGCAUCCCCCGAAGCGCCCACCGCCCGCGCCCGGCCCGUCGCGAGGCUGCAGCUUGAGGAGAUUCCCAACCUGCUGACCAUCUGCACACUCACCCAGGACUUGGGGCCCAGCGCCCAGUGUAUUCGGUUUCCCUUGUGAGGCCUAGGGCUCUGGCCCAGGCCACCAGGGGCAGGUCAACAUGGCAGAGACACUGGAGUUCAACGAUGUCUAUCAGGAGGUGAAAGGCUCCAUGAAUGAUGGUCGGCUGAGGUUGAGUCGCCAGGGAAUUAUCUUCAAGAAUAGCAAGACGGGCAAAGUGGACAACAUUCAGGCUGGGGAGUUGACGGAGGGCAUCUGGCGCCGGGUGGCUCUCGGCCACGGACUUAAACUGCUCACGAAGAAUGGCCACGUCUACAAGUAUGACGGCUUCCGAGAAUCGGAGUUUGAGAAACUCUCUGAUUUCUUCAAAACUCACUAUCGCCUUGAGCUAAUGGAGAAGGACCUGUGUGUGAAGGGCUGGAACUGGGGGACGGUGAAGUUUGGAGGGCAGCUGCUUUCCUUUGACAUUGGUGACCAGCCGGUCUUCGAGAUACCCCUCAGCAACGUGUCCCAGUGCACCACAGGCAAGAACGAGGUGACGCUGGAAUUCCACCAGAAUGACGACGCGGAGGUGUCCCUCAUGGAGGUCCGCUUCUACGUGCCUCCCACCCAGGAGGACGGCGUGGAUCCCGUGGAGGCCUUUGCCCAGAACGUGCUGUCCAAGGCGGACGUCAUCCAGGCCACCGGAGACGCCAUCUGCAUCUUCCGGGAGCUGCAGUGCCUGACUCCCCGUGGUCGUUAUGACAUCCGGAUUUACCCCACCUUUCUGCACCUGCACGGCAAGACCUUUGACUACAAGAUCCCCUAUACCACGGUCCUGCGUCUCUUCCUGCUGCCCCACAAGGAUCAGCGCCAGAUGUUCUUUGUGAUCAGCCUGGAUCCUCCCAUCAAGCAGGGCCAAACCCGUUACCACUUCCUGAUCCUCCUGUUCUCCAAGGACGAGGACAUCUCCUUGACUCUGAACAUGAAUGAGGAAGAGGUGGAGAAGCGCUUUGAGGGGCGGCUCACCAAGAACAUGUCAGGAUCCCUCUACGAGAUGGUCAGCCGGGUCAUGAAAGCACUGGUGAACCGCAAGAUCACAGUGCCAGGCAAUUUCCAAGGGCACUCAGGGGCCCAGUGCAUCACCUGUUCCUACAAGGCGAGCUCAGGACUGCUGUACCCGCUGGAGCGGGGCUUCAUCUAUGUCCACAAGCCCCCUGUGCACAUCCGCUUUGAUGAGAUCUCCUUCGUCAACUUUGCUCGUGGCACCACCACCACGCGCUCCUUUGACUUCGAGAUUGAGACCAAGCAGGGCACUCAGUACACCUUCAGUAGCAUUGAGAGGGAGGAGUAUGGGAAGCUGUUUGAUUUUGUCAACGCAAAGAAGCUCAACAUCAAAAACCGAGGCUUGAAAGAGGGCAUGAACCCAAGCUACGACGAAUAUGCAGACUCUGAUGAAGAUCAGCAUGAUGCCUACUUGGAGAGGAUGAAGGAGGAGGGCAAGAUCCGGGAAGAGAAUGCCAACGACAGCAGCGAUGACUCAGGAGAAGAGACUGAUGAGUCGUUCAACCCAGGUGAAGAGGAGGAAGACGUGGCAGAGGAGUUUGACAGCAACGCCUCUGCCAGCUCCUCCAGCAAUGAGGGUGACAGCGACCGGGAUGAGAAGAAGCGGAAGCAGCUCAAGAGGGCCAAGGUGGCCAAGGACCGUAAGAGCCGGAAGAAGCCUGUGGAGGUGAAGAAGGGCAAGGACCCGAAUGCGCCCAAGAGGCCCAUGUCUGCAUACAUGCUGUGGCUCAAUGCCAGCCGGGAGAAGAUCAAGUCAGACCACCCUGGCAUCAGCAUCACGGAUCUUUCCAAGAAGGCAGGCGAGAUCUGGAAAGGAAUGUCCAAAGAGAAGAAAGAGGAGUGGGACCGCAAGGCUGAGGAUGCCAGGAGAGAAUAUGAGAAGGCCAUGAAAGAAUAUGAAGGGGGCCGAGGCGAGUCUUCUAAGAGAGACAAGUCCAAGAAGAAGAAGAAAGUGAAGGCAAAGAUGGAAAAGAAAUCCACACCCUCCAGGGGCUCGUCGUCCAAGACGUCAUCCCGGCCGCUGAGCGAGAGCUUCAAAAGCAAGGAGUUUGUGUCCAGUGACGAGAGCUCUUCAGGCGAGAACAAGAGCAAAAAGAAGAGGCGGCGGAGUGAGGACUCAGAGGAAGAGGAGCCAGCCAGUACCCCGCCCAGCUCAGAGGACUCGGCGUCAGGAUCCGAUGAGUAAAGAGGAGGAAGAGAAUUCGCUUGUCCCGUCACAGCCCCAGGCUCCCCACCGGGUUUUGGGCCCGGUUUCUGCUCACAUGACGCGUGGUCCUCAGAGUCUGUGCCCCGGGGACACGCUCUCCCGGUGGUACGCACUUCCCUGGGAUGGGGCGGUGUCUCGCUUCUGCCGCUUCACGGGAUGGCGCCUUACAAUCUGGGGAGAGAUUGGGUGGGAGGCGGGGCACAGGACCUCGGGCCCUGCCCCGCUUUGCCCACCUUCGGGAUACAGCCACCGCUAUUUCUCCUUCAAGUUGCCGCAGCAGGAGUCGUGUGAAGUCAGGCCUGAGACUCCUCGGUGGGGACUAUUUCUACCUUUAUUUUGUAUUUCUGGUCUGUGAAAAUCAACAUUUAAUAAAGGGAACUGACUUUGG